GUUGAAAUUUCGUUAAUUAAAAUUAUCUGCCCGAAUUACUGUUUACAUUCUCGUCGCAUAGAACGUUACAUCAAAUAAAGUAGAGAGAGAGAGAGAGAGAGAGAGAGAGAGAGAGCAUUCAAUUCGCAGUGACACUAUAGCCAUCUAUCAAUAUUAUAAAAAAUACUUCUAAAACUUAAAGCAUUUAAAUCUCAUGAGAGUUUGGCAAAACGCAAAGUUUGAGUGUCAGAUAAUGCUGACGAAAGUAAAAGUUACUUUAGUAUAUUAUAGCAAUGACUGAAAAAUUACGGAGAUAUGAAAAAAUCGAUUUUCUAGGAGAAGGACAGUUUGCCACUGUUUACAAAGCAAAGGAUGUAAAAACAGGAAAAAUUGUUGCCGUUAAAAAGAUAAAAGUCGGUAGCCGUGCAGAAGCUAGAGACGGUAUAAAUAGAACUGCUUUGAGAGAAAUUAAGCUUUUACAAGAAUUGAAACAUGAUAACGUCAUUGGAUUAUUAGAUGUCUUUGGCCAUAAGUCCAAUGUUUCAUUGGUAUUUGAUUUUAUGGAUACGGACUUAGAAGUAAUAAUAAAAGAUAGCAAUAUUGUCCUGACUGCUGGACAUAUAAAAGCAUACAUGAUUCAAACUCUCCAAGGUUUAGAUUAUUUGCACUUUAAUUGGAUACUCCAUAGAGAUUUGAAACCAAAUAAUUUAUUGGUUACCUCUGAAGGGGUAUUGAAAAUAGGCGAUUUUGGAUUAGCCAAAUUUUUUGGUUCUCCGAAUAGAAUAAACACUCACCAGGUGGUAACUAGAUGGUACAGAGCCCCUGAACUACUUUAUGGUGCAAGACUCUAUGGAACUGGUAUAGAUAUGUGGGCAGUUGGUUGUAUAUUAGCGGAAUUAUUAUUACGCGCACCCUUUUUACCUGGAGAAUCAGAUCUGGAUCAACUUACUAGGAUAUUUCAGACGUUAGGUACACCAACUGAAGAAACAUGGCCAGGCAUGACGGAAUUAUCUGAUUUUAUUCAGUUUAAGCCAUUCCCAGGAACGCCAUUAAAACAUAUAUUUACCGCUGCAGGCGAUGAUCUAUUAGAUUUAAUAGCUAGUUUAUUAAAUGUUAAUCCAUUAGAGAGAUGUACAUGCGAUCAAGCUUUGCAAAUGCCAUACUUUAGCAAUAAACCAUCUCCGACGCCAGGUUCUCGAUUACCUCUUCCGACAACAAUAAAACAUCAACCCGAGGAAAAGACCAGUUUAAAGCGUAAAUUACUGGAGACUAUAGAUGGUGCUCCUCUUGCUAAAAGACUGCAAUUUUAAUAUAGGCCGAGCUAAAAUGAGAAGAUCAUUUGUAAAUUAAUAAUAUACUUUUCUUAAAUCUGUUUAAAAAGGAUUGUCAAAUAAAUAUAAAAAUACUUUUUAUGUUAUAA